AUGCUGUCUUACUUUGAGCCUCCGGAAGAGGAACACUGCUAUAUAUGUUUUCGUCUUUUUUUGACUCAAACGGCUUCACCUCCCUCGCCUGCCGCUCCCCUACCCACCCAGCCGAAAUCGGGCAACUCACCUUCCCAAUACCGACUAAGCCAGACAGGUCUGGGGCUGAAGAGGAUGAAGAGGACGAUGAGCGCCGAGUGGGACUUCUCUUUCCUCAUGCGUAUUAGGAUCAAGACGACCAAGAGCAUGGAGCGGUUGGCGACGGAGGGGUCUUUCAGGUCAACAUCCACCUUCCCCUCCUCCAUCAAGUUCUCACGCAGAAGGGAUAAUACUGCUGAACGCGCUGGUCCGGGAGGGAAGACUGGUGCUGGAGGAGUAUGGAGUAAAGGUGGCGGAGAUUUUAGGGGAUUUAAAGUGGGGUUGGUGAAAAAAGGGAAUUCCAGGACGAUCUUGCGCCUUCUUCUUUCGCCUUUCUCUCGUCCUCACUUGCUCGACACCUUCAUCCUUAUCUCUCUGUCGCCAUCCGAUGAUGUUCGCAAUGCACUACAACCUCUCCCAACCGCUUUCAAUGGGCGUCAUGUCUGA